AGCGGCGGCCUGAGCCCGGGCAGUGCGCAGGCGCAUGAACGCGGGUGAGCCGAGGAGCGCGGGCAGUGCGCAGGCGCGUCACCGAGGCGAGCAUGAAUGGAGGAAAAUGGCGGAUCAUGUGCAGAGCUUAGCCCAGCUAGAGAUACUGUGUAAACAGCUCUAUGAAACCACUGACACGUCCACUCGACUACAGGCAGAAAAGGCCCUAGUUGAAUUCACCAAUAGCCCAGACUGCCUGAGCAAAUGCCAACUGCUCCUAGAGAGAGGAAGUUCAUCGUAUUCACAGUUGCUGGCAGCAACCUGCCUUACAAAGCUUGUUUCGCGAACGAACAACCCUUUGCCUUUAGAACAACGUACUGACAUACGAAACUAUGUCUUGAAUUACCUGGCGACCAGACCAAAACUGGCAAACUUUGUCACACAAGCACUCAUCCAACUCUUUGCCCGAAUCACCAAACUGGGCUGGUUUGACUGCCAGAAGGAGGAGUAUGUCUUUAGGAAUGUCAUUGCUGAUGUCACAAGAUUUUUGCAGGACAGUGUUGAGCACUGUAUUAUCGGAGUAAUGAUUCUUUCCCAGUUAACAAACGAAAUAAACCAGGCUGACACUACGCAUCCACUGACAAAACAUAGGAAAAUUGCAUCAUCAUUUAGAGACGCAUCACUGUUUGAUAUUUUCACACUUUCAUGCAAUUUACUAAAACAGGCAUCAGGAAAGAGCUUAAAUCUGAAUGAUGAAAGCCAACAUGGUCUCCUAAUGCAGCUUCUUAAACUGGCUCACAACUGCCUCAACUUUGACUUCAUUGGCACGUCAACAGAUGAGUCAUCAGAUGACCUCUGUACUGUCCAGAUUCCAACCAGCUGGAGGUCAGCUUUCCUGGAUUCAUCAACCCUGCAGUUGUUUUUCGACUUGUACCAUUCCAUCCCUCCAUCACUGUCCCCUCUGGUCUUAUCUUGUUUAGUACAGAUUGCUUCAGUCCGGAGAUCACUAUUUAACAAUGCAGAAAGAGCAAAGUUCCUGUCUCACUUAGUGGAUGGAGUGAAGAGGGUUUUAGAAAAUCCACAGAGCUUAUCCGACCCGAACAAUUACCAUGAGUUCUGCAGGUUACUGGCUCGACUGAAGAGUAAUUAUCAACUGGGAGAGCUGGUGAAAGUGGAAAACUACCCUGAAGUCAUCCGUCUAGUAGCCAAUUUCACUGUGACUAGCCUUCAGCACUGGGAGUUUGCCCCUAACAGUGUACACUACCUGCUGAGCUUGUGGCAGCGCUUGGCUGCCUCAGUACCGUAUGUCAAAGCCACAGAGCCACACAUGUUGGAGACGUAUACACCCGAGGUCACCAAAGCCUACAUCACCUCCAGACUAGAAUCCAUUCAUAUCAUUCUGAGGGACGGGUUAGAAGACCCACUGGAUGACACUGGACUUGUUCAGCAGCAGUUGGACCAGCUCUCCACCAUUGGCCGCUGUGAAUACGAGAAGACCUGUGCUCUGCUGGUCCAGCUCUUCGAUCAGUCAGCUCAAACCUACCAGGAGUUACUGCAGAGCGCAAAUGCUAGUGCCAUGGAUGUCGCUGUACAGGAAGGUCGACUGACGUGGCUGGUGUACAUCAUUGGGGCAGUGAUUGGGGGCCGAGUUUCCUUUGCUAGCACAGAUGAGCAGGAUUCAAUGGAUGGGGAGCUGGUUUGCCGAGUUUUGCAACUGAUGAACUUGACUGACUCUCGACUGGCUCAGGCUGGCAAUGAGAAGUUGGAAUUGGCCAUGCUCAGCUUCUUCGAACAGUUCCGGAAGAUUUAUAUUGGAGAUCAGGUCCAAAAAUCAUCCAAGUUGUAUCGCAGGCUGUCUGAGGUCCUGGGACUGAACGAUGAGACAAUGGUUUUGAGUGUAUUCAUUGGAAAAAUAAUCACCAACCUGAAGUACUGGGGAAGAUGUGAGCCAAUCACCUCAAAGACACUACAGCUCCUGAACGAUCUCUCCAUUGGAUAUCCUUUGCGUGAGAAGCUGGUAAAGCUGACCGCUGUUCAAUUCAUGCUGAACAAUCACACAAGCGAGCACUUUUCCUUCCUGGGCAUCAAUAACCAAUCAAACCUGAGUGAUAUGCGUUGUCGAACUACCUUCUACACAGCACUUGGACGAUUGCUUAUGGUUGAUCUAGGUGAGGACGAAGACCAGUUUGAGCAGUUCAUGCUUCCCUUAACCGCAGCAUUUGAAACGGUGGCACAAAUGUUUAAUUCAACCACGUUUAAUGAACAAGAUGCUAAGCGAACUUUGGUCGGCCUGGUGAGAGAUCUAAGGGGAAUCGCUUUUGCCUUCAAUGCAAAGACCAGCUUUAUGAUGUUCUUUGACUGGAUUUAUCCUGCCUACAUGCCAAUACUACAACGUGCAGUGGAACUCUGGUAUCACGACCCAGCCUGCACCACGCCCAUUCUCAAGCUGAUGGCCGAGCUGGUCCACAACAGGUCGCAGCGGCUGCAGUUUGAUGUAUCAUCCCCUAACGGGAUCCUCCUUUUUCGAGAGACCAGUAAAAUGAUUACAACCUAUGGUAACCGGAUCCUCACCCUGGGAGAGGUGCCCAAGGACCAAGUUUAUGGGCUGAAGUUGAAAGGGAUUUCCAUAUGCUUCUCCAUGUUGAAGGCAGCUCUCAGUGGGCAAACUAUGUCAACUUUGGUGUUCUUCCGUCUCUAUGGUGACGAUGCCCUCGACAAUGCUUUGGCAACGUUCAUUAAGCUCCUCCUAUCGAUCCCCCACGUGACUUACUGGCAACCCUUGCUGAACCUCCUUGUGUUUGUGCUUUCUGUGCUGCUCCCAGUGCAGUUGGAUUAUCCCAAGCUCAGUCAGUCUUACUAUUCCUUGUUAGAAGUUCUCACUCAAGACCACAUGAAUUUUAUUGCCAGCCUGGAGCCGCACGUUAUCAUGUACAUUCUGUCCUCCAUUUCAGAAGGUCUCACUGCACUGGACACAAUGGUGUGCACGGGUUGUUGCUCAAGUCUGGACCACAUUGUAACAUACCUCUUCAAGCAAUUAUCUCGUAGCACAAAGAAACGGACCACACCGAUAUCCCAGGAGAGUGACCGUUUCCUGCACAUCAUGCAGCAGCACCCUGAAAUGAUCCAACAGAUGUUGUCCACAGUUCUCAACAUCAUCAUUUUUGAAGACUGCAGGAAUCAAUGGUCCAUGUCACGUCCUCUGCUUGGAUUAAUUCUCCUGAAUGAAAAGUAUUUUGCAGACUUGAGGAACAGCAUAGUGAACAGCCAACCCCCUGAGAAGCAGCAAGCCAUGCACCUUUGCUUCGAAAACUUGAUGGAAGGGAUUGAACGUAACCUAUUGACAAAGAACAGGGAUAGGUUUACACAGAACCUCUCUGUGUUUCGAAGAGAAGUAAACGACUCGAUGAAGAAUUCAACAUACGGUGUCAAUAGCAACGACAUGAUGAGCUGACGUCUGUUCUGCUUCCUAACCCUAUGCAGGAGUCGAAGGGGG